AACAUGUCUGUCGAUCUUGUUAGACUCGUGUCCAGAAUUUCUGUCCUCGCCGCUGUUGCGAUCACCUACAUCGUCGGAUGGACCGCUGGUUUGGUGCUACUUGUGACGAGCUCGGUCUUUCUUAAUUGGAAGACCGCAUGGCUGGUGAUUCGCACGCUGCCGCGCGAUGCCGUGGCCAUCAAGAGAUACUUGCAGCUGGUUUCCUUUUUGAGGCUCACGCAGCUCAGGCAGAAGACUCCGACCAUGUUUUUCGCAGAGUUCGCCAAGAAACACCCGGAAAGACCGAUGUUCUACUAUGGCGAUAGAACUUGGACCUUCGGGGAGGCAGAUCGUUAUACGAACCAAAUCGCCAACUUCUUCAAAGACCUCAACCUCAAGGCGGGCGACGACGUUGCGAUCGUCAUGGAGAACUGUCCAGAAAUGGUUUUCAUGUUCCUAGGACUAGCCAAGAUCGGAGUGGCUUCCGCCUUGGUGAACACGAAUCUCAGAAAAUCACCACUUCUGCAUUCUAUCCGGAGCGUGAAAACGAAAGCCGUAAUUUUCACUCCCACGACUGCUGGCUCCUUGAUGGAAGUACGACAGGAUAUCAAAUCGCUCUCGACCGAUGGCGGCGUACAAAUGCUCUGUUACGGCAUGUGUGGAUCGGUAGAGGACUUGGGCGCUUCAGAGAUCAAACAGCUCAUCUCUCAACAGAGCGCAACGCCCCCGACCUACCGAGGAAAACUCGACGACCGCUUCCUCUAUGUGUUCACCUCAGGAACGACUGGCCUUCCGAAAGCAGCAAUCGUGAAAAAUUAUCGGUAUCUCAUGUGCGCAGCCGUCGCGAAAUAUCUAGCUCGACUGAAAUCGGAAGAUACGCUCUACAUCUACUUGCCGAUGUAUCACACAUCCGGCGGAAUUAUGGGAGUCGGUCCCGUGAUUCUGUUCGGGACCUCGGGUGCCAUGGCACCGAAGUUCAGCGCGUCGAAGUUCUGGAGUGACUGUAUCCGAUACAAUUGUACUGUCAGUCACUACAUUGGUGAAAUCUGUCGAUAUCUCCACGUGCAACCACCGAGGCCAGAGGACAAAGCUCAUUCCAUACGAAUGAUGUACGGCAACGGCAUGAAAGCUUCCCUAUGGCCGAAAUUCAUCGAGCGCUUCAACGUCAGAGACAUCAAGGAGUUAUACGGCGCCUCUGAAGGCAACGCCAACAUCAUGAACAUGGAUAACGUUGUAGGGAGUGUUGGAUGCAUACCGACGAUCUGUCGGUUGAGUAUGACCGCAGCAAGAUUAUCGUGGAAUCGAUUUCUGAUCAAGGUGGAUCCACUCACGGGCAAACCCCUGAGGGGUCCGGACGGAUUGUGCAUGUUGUGCGGUCCGAGGGAAGCUGGAGAGUGGGUGGCGACCAUAAAUCCGAAGAAACCGGAACUCGCCUUCGACGGGUACACAGACAAAUCAUCCUCUUCGAAGAAAACUUACAGCGACGUGAUUGUCAAGGGAGACCUGUGUUUCGCAACGGGUGACAUUUUGGAGUACGACGAGCUUGGGAACCUAUAUUUCAAGGACCGGACUGGUGAUACGUACCGAUGGAAAGGGGAAAACGUAUCGACAGCAGAAGUCGAAAACGUGAUCAGCAAGUAUUCCAUCAUGAACGAUUGCGUCGUGUACGGCAUUUCUGUUCCCGGUGUUGACGGGAAGGCCGGCAUGGUGGCGUUGCUCGAUCCAAACUUGGACUAUGCCAAGGGAGAACACUUGAAGGAGUUACUGGCGAGAAUCAAAACCGAACUACCUUCGUACGCGAUCCCAAUCAUGGUCAGACUGACCAGGAAGCUAGAGGCAACUAGCACCUUCAAGCUCAUCAAGACACAGCUCGUCAAAGAAGCUUACGACCUAGACAAAGUGAAAGAUCCGCUUUUUAUUCUCGACGUGACUAGACAGCAGUAUGUGCCCUUCGACGAAAAUAUCCUUGAGCGGAUCCGUCAAGGCGUGUGGAGACUCUAAAACGAGAGCUCGUCAGAAGCCGAGAUUAGAUUGCGGCAACGAGUUCCCAGGACCAAAAUCCCACGUAUUUUCAGCUAGCAAGGGAAGAUCGAACACAAUGCGAUCGUGUUAUUCUUGGAGUAACCCCGAAAAAAA